AUGAUCGAGCGUUUCCACCGCUCAUUAAAGGCAGCUAUCCUACUUCUUGGCUUACGAGCCAGUUUCAAGGAAGACAUCAAAACUAGUGCAGCCGAAUUGGUCUAUGGAACUCCACUCCGGUUACCCGCAGAAUUCUUCACAGACGAAGACCCAUCGCCAGAUCCGCAAAUUUUCCUAGAACACCUGCAACAACACAUGCGCAAAGUGCGCGCCAGCCCAUCAGCACAUCACAUCAAGUCUAAAGCUUUCGCUCUCAAAGACUUGCACUCGUGCUCACACGUCUUCGUCCGGGUGGAUGCAAUCAAGAAGCCAUUAAACCAGCCGUACGAAGGACCGUACGAAGUCAUCGAACGUAUCUCAGAUUACGUUUUCAAAAUCAACAUCAAAGGAGAACCAUCAACCAUCUCUACGGAACGUUUGAAACCAGCGUACUACGAAGUACUACCGACGGAGCCUGACGCGCUCCACACGCAGUCACCUGCAGUACCGACUAUCUCAUCAACUUUAAAAACUUAUUCCGGUCCAAAACCAAAGAAGACUGUUCGCUUUAGUACGUAA